UCUCUCCGCUCUCGCUCUCGCUCUCUGAGGCCUUCCUUCUCACUAUCUUUACGCACUUCCCUCGUUCCCGAGUAGACCACACCUUUUCAGCUCUCAUGGCUCCACCUCCCCCAUCGAACUUGCCUUUGGCCGAGAGGCUGAAGGCCCUGGCUCAGACGCUACAGUUCGCGUGGUUUGCUGGGCACGUCACACUGCUGCUCUCCGUCUUCCGCUACCUCCUGUCCUACAUCACCUUCAACUACUACUCGUCCUCGGCCCAGGUGUCCUACCGCUUGGCUUUCCUUUCGGCUGCUGCAACAUACGGUAUCGUGGUGUACAAAGGACACAUCGCCCGUGGUCGUCUUCAGGGUAGCGUUCCGAACAUUGUGGUGAAGCUCGCUGGUGAUGAAAAUGUCCAGUAUCUUGGAAUGGCGAUUGUCUGGCUCUAUUCCCGCCAGGUCCCAUUGGCCCUCCUACCCUUCAGCGUCUACUCGAUCUUCCACGUUGCGACGUACUCUCGGGCCCACCUGAUCCCUACCUUGCAGCCUCCCGCCCAGGGCGCCGCCGGAUCUGGGUCGCCCUCUUCUCCUGGUGCUGCCAAGCCUGCUGCCAGUCCUCUGGCAGAGACCAUUGGAAGAUUCGUCAAGCAGUACUAUGAUGCCAGCAUGGAUCUCGUGGCUGGGCUCGAGAUGGCGCUGCUGUUCCGCCUGGCCUUGGGAGUUCUGACUUUCUCCAAGGGAAGCAUCCUUCUCUUCAUUAUCUACGUAGCCUUCUUCCGCGCGAGAUACACCCAGAGCUCGUUCGUCCAGCAGGCCGUGCGCCACUUCACCGCCCGCGUGGAUGCUUCGGUUUCCCACCAGAGCACCCCCCCUGCGGUGCGCCAGGGAUGGGAGACCUUCAAGGGUGUUGUUCGCCAGGCGUAUGAGAGCACCGACCUGGGCCGUCUGACUUCCGGAGCUCCGGGCAAGAAGCCGCAAUAAAUGGCACCUCUGGCGAUGAACGAUGACCGCCCGGGACGCGUGGGAAAGGCCCAAUCCGAUUGCGACGCAUUUUAGCCGGACUUAGACCAUUCGCGCAGGGCCCGGGAUCACAGAUUGACGUGUGGGCUCUCGUUUGUAAAGUGAUGAGCAUAUAACGAAUAAUGUGCCAUUGGUACUAACCCGGUUUGGGUUGGGAAGUGGUUCUUCUUACGAUAAGCAAAAGAUUGUUUACAUGCUGUUGCGGGAGAGGAUGUGGAUGAGGAUGUUUAGUGCUUGGGGGAGAGGGGAGUCAUAUUAUAAUCUUGUAUUGCCAUUAAGUCAUGCACAUGCUGGACCUCCGAUGGGAUGUUUUGCCCAGACGGAUUUCAUUGCAUUCUGUAUUUGCGCGAAAUUAUUACUGUGAGGGGAAAUGAGCACUUGUUUGUUGUUGAGGCAUAUUGUUGUGUCCUAUAAGUCUAGACCGACGACCACGUUCUUGUUCGGUAGUAGUCUAGUUUGGUGGAUUCUUGUGGCAAUUGAAGGGACUGAGUUGUUUUUUCGGUCCAUUGCCAUUUGUUCCUUCGGACCCGAAUUAAACUAGCGAGAGCUUAUUAAGGCGGCGUGGUGUGCCUGAGGUGGAGAGUCGGCCUCGGACGCGGAGAAAGCGGAAAACCGACCAAAAUUUUGGGCUGAGCGUUGACCCAUCGUUUCUGUGA